GUCGACAGCGCAUCUGUUUUUUGAAGCCAAGUUACAAGAACGGAAAUAUUUGGAUCAGUUGUGAUAUUUUGUGAACUAGAACGUUCGACUAAAUUCCGAAGACAAAAUACAGAAAAGAUGCCAAUGUCCCAGCAUGAUAAUACGAUCCAAAAAGCGGUAAAUAAAUUAAGCGAGAAUCUGGAAGAAUUACCACGAAACAUGCGUCAAUUUUCCUCGGUUUUUCGAGAUCUCUACGCCGACCAAGCUGUUGGUGGUAAUAGCGACGCCGCUGUAAAGUUCAGAAAGAUUCGAGAUGACACAAGACAAGAUGCAAUGGUGUAUUUGAAGUGCAUCCUUCCCGCAACGACAAAUUUCAUAAGGUCUGUUAAAGAAUACUUUGAGAAUUACGAAGCGUUGUCGUAUGAAGAGUGGUGCGAGAUGUUACCAGACAUUUUAGAGGAAACGAAAGAACACAAAGACCUCGCCCAGACCGUCUUACACAUGUACCAGGAUAUCAGGGUUCCCUUAAAGAAGCGCCAAGACAGUGCACGAAUGGUUAUGACAGAGUUCUCAAACUUGCAAACCGUGUAUCAUCUGUCGGAGGAAUCUCCAAGCGCAAACGCGGCUCGGGCAAUUGCGUCGGAGAAGCAAUACAAAGUAAACAAAAACGCAGCUCGACUUGUGGCUGAAACUCUCAUUCCUGCUCUGUCCAGAUUCAUUGACGGUAUGCAAAAAGUUGCCGAAUUCUAUAGAGUUAUUGAAAAGGAACAGAAAUCGUUUGAAGACAGGACAGAACAACGGAUAGAUAAGCUUAAACAGUCUCAUUAUAAUGUAAUACGAAAUUCAGUGAGAGAAAUAAAAUCCCUCUGUGCUGAAUUUUACGCAGUGAUCCCAGAUAUUCGGACAGAUUUCAAGGCACUACCCAGCGAAGAUACUGACCAAAACUACGUCGACAAAUGGUUGGAGAAAACCCUCGCAGAUACCAGGAAUCAGACAACGGUCAUGGCUCUUCUUGGAUCCUCCUCGGGAAUGGAAGAGAAGGUUGACAAAGGACGAAAAUCAAACGGAGCACCAACCUUGGAAAAUAAACCAGCACCACCAGCAAAAAGACCAGCGGUAACACCAAAAAAUGACCCUCUACCAAAAUCGAAAAGAAAACCACCAGCGCCACCACCAAAGGACAGAUCAACAUUAACACCAGUAGAUGUGCCACCAUCGAAAAAUAUACCAGCACCACCACUAUCGCGACCAAAUAGGAGACCUUUAUCAACGCCAAUUUAUGCUUCUGUGUCGACAACGAGAUAUGAACAAGGACAAACAUAUAAAAAAAGACCAGUAUCAGAUUGCCAAGUGUCAGCAUCGACAUAUAUAAAAGUACAGCCACUGAAAAAUGGACAAGCGUCAACACCCACAAAUGAUCCAAUAUCAACAAAGGACAAUAAACAAGCACCAACGUUGAAAAAUAGACCAGCAUCACCACCAGUAGACAAGCCAGUACCAACAUCGAAAAAUCAACAUGAAAAAACACCGAAAGGUAAACGGAAAACAACGUCAGAUGAUCAAACACCGCUGACAUCGAAAAGUAAACAAGUAAGUUCAUCGCAAGAGGAUUUAAUAGAAAGAAAACAACAACGCUGUCACUGGAGGUGCAAUAUCAUGUAAAGAAACUCUAUAAUUUUUAUAACUUCGAUAAGUAAGGGUAGAAUAACGUAUUUUGUGAUUUUGAACAAUAUAGCUAAUGGCAGUA